UUCCGUUCGGAGCCGCUCGAUUGCCAGUCGUACGGUCGUCGCGCGCGCACACGUCUUCUCAUCCGCCGCAACAACUCGCUCGCUCGCACGCCGCCACCGCCGUCGCCGUCGCCGUCACCACCGCCACCGCAGCCAACGCCGCCGGCACCGCCACCGCCGCCGACGCCGACGCGUCACCGUGCCAGCGAGCGCCCGCCGCCCGCUUCACCGUAGCACAGCUGUGCGCGGAGUCGCCCGACGACCGUCCCGGUUGUGUGUCCGCACCGUGUCCCGUCGCGCCGACCGAACACCGAACGAUCACCGAAUCGCGUCCGAGCGAAUAAAAAAAGAUAAUCAGUCUCGCGGCAAGUGCGCGCGCGUGCGGUACCCGUGUCGCGCAAUAUAUUAAACGAAUAAUAUUCCAAAACACCGUCCGGGGUACAUUGUCGCGGUUUUACCGGUUACCGGGAACAGGAAAGAGGCCGGUAAGAUCCGGGGGACCGGCAGCAGCAGGCAGCGGGAUUGCGAUCGAGCGCAGUCGAGUCCGAGGACCAGCAGCAUCCGGCGACCCGCGAGGCACAUGUACCGUUGGUAAUGGGCAAGAAGGGCAAGAAGACUAGAUGGCGAGAGCUGCCCAUCACCCUAGCAGACAAGCCGUACACAGCUGCGGAACACCAGCAGUCCGGCCGGCACGCGGCCGAUCCGAAACCGGUCAAUUUCGCCGCAGCCGCAGGCAGACGAAGCCAUGGUCACCAUGGUCAGACGACGCAUCACCAGCACCACCAAUCACCCAACCGGGGAAAUCAGUCCGUGGGCAGCGGUCAGCAGCAGCAGCAGCAGCAACAUCAGCAGCAUCAGCAGCAACACCAUCACCAUCAUCACCACAACGUGGAAUCUUCCACCGUGACGUUCAACGAAGAUGAGUACACGAAAAUCACAACGCCCAGACAAGACGUGCUGUUUAAAAAAGGAUACUUGGGACGGCGUAAGCACACCAGCACACCUGUCAUUACUGAAGUUCUAAACGAAAACGAAGAUGGCGUUUCGACUGAUACCAUCAUUAACCCGUUGGAUGAGUUGUGUUCGCAUGGCGAGUACGUCGAUCCGUCCGCGGUGUACAUUCUCAGCGGUGGCGAAUACGAAAUUUACGACCCCUACACCGGCACCGUAACCACGCUGAUGGGCGGACCACCUCCAGGCCACUAUCCACCCGUUGGCCACCCGAUGAUGACCGCGAUGCCAUACUCACCAAUGACAUUACAGGCCGUCGACUGGUACAAUCCUUCAAACCCUUCGAUCAACGAACAUUGGAUGCCUAGUGCCGCGGCACACCAAUCGAACACAAGAAACCACAAGAAACCGACUGCCGAUGUGCAGCAGAACUGCAGUGCUCAAAAUUCAGAGGUGAACAGUGGUGGCCAAGAAUCAUGUCCGGUCGAUCAGCAAAGUCUCUAUCAAACGCCACAACCGUAUAACAUGUAUCCCGGUUAUAUGUUUGGCGCUCCAAUGUACAAUUAUAAUGGUGUAAGUAUUCAAGUUCCGCAACCACAGUCUCCUCCUUCACCUUCAAUCAGUUUUGAUUACACCAACGGCAAACGCCGUAAGAAAAAGAAACGCAGAAAGCGAGGAGGUAUGACCGACGAAUACUCAGACUCGAGUUCGGAAGAGCAAAAGAGCCAGUCGGGCGCCAGCUGCGAUCUGGUGCUGGACUCGGAGAAGACGUCCGACUCGGGCGUGCUGACCAACAACAGCGGCGGCUCGACGCCAGUGAACGUCAUACCCGUGCAGCUGUCGCACACCGCCGCGCCGUUCCACAUGGAAUGCCCGCAACCGUUCGAGAUCCUGCACAGCGCACCGAUCCUCAUGCACCACCAUCACCUGCCGGCCGCGGACCACCAUCCGAUGGCCGCGUACUACCAACCGAUACCGCAGUACGGCGCGGAGCAGUUGGCGCCGAUCGGCUACCAGGUGAUACCGGAAGAACAGCCGGCCGACGUGGUGGACGACGACGAUGACGACGACGACGACGACCAUCAGCUGCAGAACAGCGAACCGACAGCCAGCUAUUCCGCGGAGAACUCGGACUCGGGCAUCAGCUCGCCCAACAGCGAGGUGAUGGUCAAAGGGGGCUCGUCCACGGGGGUGGACGACAAACACGAGAAGCCGCAGUCGAGCGUUGUUGGAAACGUCGCGGGUAUUUCCGGAACCGGAAGCGUCGAGUCAGUCCCGGUGAUGACGACGACAUCAACGACGACGACGACGACGACGACGACGACAACGACGUCCAAAAAGAGCCGGAACAAGAAGAAUAAGGGACGGGACAAAGGGUCCGCCGAGUCGACCAAGGCAACGACGAAGCAGGGAAACAAGACGACGGCGGUGGAUCAGCAGAAGAACGACAACCAUCUGCACCACGAGGGGGUGUCGAUCGGCAGCAAGAAAUCGUCGAAGAUCGCCAAGGAACCGGCCAUCAUUAAGAAACUGAACGCAAAGAAGGCUAAAAGCGGUGGCGGUAAACCGGAAACGGAUAAACCGGAAACGUGCAAGUCACCGCCACCGCCACCGCCACCGCUGUCGAUCAGGUCCGACGACGACGACGAUGACGAUGACGACGACGAGCGGUCCGCGGCCGAUUUGGUGUCGGCGGACGACGGCGGUAUGUCCGAGGAUAUCAUACAGCUGUCCAUCGGGCCGGUGGACGCGGAGUGGACGCAGGAGGAGGUGUUCUGUUCGCUCGAGUGCACGCCCCGGUCAACGACCACCGAUCACGUGCAGUUCCAGUUCGCGAAAACGCAUUCGGUCGACUCUUGCGAGUCCGCGGAGGAGGAGACAUUCGCCACGGCCGUCAACACCGGAAACUCGGACACGGAGAACGAGACGGUGCUACUACGGCAGGACGAGCCGGCCAAACAGCAGCAGGAUGCCGCGUUGUCCUGUUCCGCGUCGCGUGAAUGCGGCGCGUCCGCCUCGCCGUCCGCCGCCGCGACCCCAGGCCCGAUCACCGAGGCCGUGACCAAGUGGCUGAACGACCAGGGUGGCUUGAUGCUGGCCCCGUGCUUGGACGACUCGUCAUGCACCGACGAGGGCGAGCUCAGCGAGUACGACGACUUCGAGGAACACUCCAUGGUCACAACGUCCACCGCCAGUCCAAAAAACGUGCAAGGCAACCCUUACCCUGCGCUGUCUCGUAGUGAGGUAGGGUCAAGGGUUGCCGGUGCAUUGCCUCACGAUCAGCGACAGGCCGGCGGGCUGGUGUCCAGUGGCAUAUGUUGUCUAACUCAAUAAUUUACGCGAUAUGAUAACGACAGAUCAUCAUAAUAACGAAUGAUAAUGCGAUUUAUAUAUAUAUAUAUAUAUACAUAUAUAUUAAUCUGGAGACAAGGUGUUACAUACAACAUUAUAAAUA